AUGAGCUCUGUCACCACUGCUGAUUUAGAAGCACAGUAUGUAAUGCAAAUACCAGUUGCAUGGGGUCCGAAAACGUUGACAGAAAUCCAUGUACGUGUUCGCCCAGAGUGGAGCCAUGUUAUAAGGCGCUUGUCUUCUUCAGGGAGGCAUGGUGCCACCAUUGAAAGAGGAAUGACAGAACCGGAGCCAACGAAAUGCAGGUCUCUGGUGCAGCAUGCUGGUGGGAGGAAGUCCGAAGGGACUCUAGUGUCCUUUCAUGGUGAUUGUAGUAUAAGGGAAGAGGAAAAAAGACCCAUCCAGCCCUCAAAAACGCAGCAAGAGUUGGAGUCAUGCAUUCAAUUGUUGGAGCAAGAAGGACCAGGAUAUCUGAAGGAUGACAGUGAGCAUAGCUCCUAUACAGACCUUUUGCUGCUGCAGGAAGAGAGUGAUGAUGACAGCAGUGCGAGUGGUGCAUGCGAGUUUGACUUUUCUCACCUCGACAUGACCCCCUUUCUUCAACUGAGCACUUCCAAGGUUGCAAACAACUAUGCGGAACAUACCGUAGCUUCUGACUCUGAACAUCUCUUGCUUGGGCGAGCUGACUUUCGGCCAACGAGUCCUCUAAAAAAUCCUGAAUUCUUGAUGUCUGCAUUCUUUCCGAUGGAAUGCAAUGGUUUGGACCUGCAACUUGAAUUGGCCAUGAAACCCAAGGUGUAUUCUCGUCAAUUCAGCGACACCCACCAGGAGAAGACUGGUCGAAGUAUUAUGGACGACACUGCCUCCACAGCACACAAUGAUAGUGACGAACAUGAUGAUCCAUCUGGCACAUCCGUUUGCCAGCAAGGUCGAUGGUUGGACGAUACGGACGGAAUGCAACCAAACAGGUUCAAGACUGUCUUUCACGAGUUUUGGCAUUACUAUUGCUGUGCCAUUAGGCAGUUGCGAAGUCGGCACGUGUAUGGCAAUGUCAUUGAUAGCAGGCGCCGUAUUGGUCCUGCGAUUGCCGACCAAUCCUCUUCUGCCCAUCAAGAGCAGAUGGACUAUUGCUAUUUUGAAGAGGAUGAGUCCCUCACCUGUUUCUUGAACAUCUACCGCGAAUUCUGGCACUACUACCCUGGAGCAAUUGAAGAAAUGACGAACUCCAUUCAUGGUGGAUCCGCCCGUGGCGGUUCUCGUUAGCAACUCCCGAGCCUCUGUUUGACUGUUGCAGGUGUAGAAAACAAUUACUUUGAUCAGGUCCCUGCCAGGAUAUCCUGAUCCAUGGCUAAACAAUCACUAGCUGCAUGUAGUAAGUCACAACUGAAACAAGGA